CGGCGCCGGCAUUUACUGUAUUGGUUUGGCGGUCUCCCGGGAAAGUUGGCUAACUUCUGCUGUGUAAGCAAGCGUUAUGUCCAGUUUCAAAAGACUUGUCGAACAGGCCGAGAAGUUAACUGCCAAGCUGCAGGAGUAUUCCGGCCUCGAGAAGCACUUGGUGGAGAAUGUCAUACACUACGCUAAACAGCUGCCAGGAGACGGAAGGGGAGAAAUUGACCAGCUGAUCUUCAUUGCACAGAUGGCGCAUCAGUUCGAGAUUUAUUCCCCGAAUUUACUGCAGUCUAUGUUUGAGAGUUGGAAGCGACCGCGGGCCACGACCAUGACGAUAGAGGAGUACAGUAAACUGAUCUGCAUGUUCCUGAGCACGAAGCCCGGCAUUAAGACAGACUUUGUCUUCAAUGUCUACGACGUCGACAGAGACGGGUGCAUCAACAGGACAGAGCUUUUCUCAUUGUUACGGAGCACUAUGGUUAUCACGGAGACAGAGUUUACAGAAGCGGACACAAACGAAUGUAUCAAAGAAUUGAUUGACCUGACCUUGAAGAUGAUGGACCAUGACUUGAGUGGCGAUAUUAACAGAAGCGAGUUUAAAGAAAGCGCGAAUAAAGAUUCAGUUUAUCUUCAAAUUUUUGGACAGUGUUUACCAUCAGACCAGACAUUAGACAGGUUCAGAAAACUACUGCUGGGCAUGACGCCACUAGAGCUGAAGGCGUAUUUCGCCGAGGAGAAGAAGAAGUCCCUGUUUAACACGAUGGCCACACUGACCCAAGACAAUGAGCUCUACCCCAUCCAGCUGGACAUCCCAUGAUGGACGGCGCGUCGAAUCUUCUAGACAAACUCUAGCUUGUGCUCGUGCACAUUACAAAAGCUACUAAAGAAAAACGAUGCUAAAG